GUAGUCUAAACUGCAUGAAUGCAUUCAAUUAGCUGGAAGAAGAUAGUCUAUUGCAGUCGUAGCGCAGAUAACGUUAUUUAUUUAACGUAACGCAGCUAAUUAUUUACUUUAUAAUUAAGCAACAAUGUCUUCAGUUGAGUCUCUGAGAGAGUUUGUCAGCGAGCGACUAACUGCUGCUGCUGAGGAAAUAUUCGGAGUUUUUAGAAAAACUGUCCUCGAGUACGAAGAAGAGAUCGACCGUCAGCGCAGACUGCUGGAUAUCGCUUGGAAACCCGAAAUACAGUUACACAGGACAGAGCUCCCACAGCAACAUGUCUGUAAGGAAGAGGAGGUUCUCGUUGACCAGCAGCUCUGUGUUCAGGAGAGGAACUCCAGUCUGGACCAGGAGGACCCAGAGCCUCCACAGAUUAAAGAGGAACAGGAGGAACUCUGCAGCAGUCAGGAGGGAGAGCAGCUCGUACUGAAGCAGGAGACCGAUGCCUUUAUGUGGAUUCCUGCUUAUGAGGAAAGUGACCACAGAGAACCAGAACCAAACAGAGACCACCAGCUCCUCUCUCACAGCUCUCAUGUAGCUGAGAGUCAAGAUCAGGCAAGAGGCAAGCAUGAAGACUCAGGAUCAACUAGAGAUGCAGAACCACAGACGAGACAUCAUGAAAACAGAAGUCAUAGUAACAAUGUACACAACUCUACCAGGUCAGAAAUUCACCAUAAUCCUCACACAGGUGAAAGGUCUGUCCAAUGUGAGACAUGUGGAAAAGCUUUUAGGUAUAAGUCAGGAUUGAAGAGACACCUGAGAACCCACACGGUCGAGAAGCCACAUUCUUGCAAAACAUGUGGAAAAGGUUUUAGAAGUGGCACUGCCUUGAACGUCCACAUGAGAAAGCACACAGUUAAGAAGCUGUACCUUUGCAAGACCUGCGGGAAAACGUUCCGUCAUAUAUCAGGUUUAUUAAGUCACAUGCCAAUCCACACAGGUGAAAGGCCAUAUUCAUGCAAAACAUGUGGGAAAGCUUUCACACUUAGCAGUACAUUAAAAGUCCACAUGAGAACCCACACAGGUGAGAAGCCGUACCUUUGCAAAACCUGUGGGGGAAGAUUUGGUGAAAUGUCAAAAUUGAAAAGGCAUUUGACAAUCCACACAGGUGAGAAGCCAUUUUCUUGCAAAACAUGUGGCAAAGAUUUCAGAGUUAACAGCACCCUGAUAAUCCACAUGAGAAGAGCCCACACUGAUGAGAAGCCGUACCUUUGCAACACCUGUGGGAAAAGGUUCACUGACAACUCAACAUUGAAAGGCCACAUUAGAACUCACACAGGUGAGAGGCCAUAUUCAUGCAAAACAUGUGGGAAAGCUUUCAGUGUUAGCAGUGUCUUGAAAGUCCACAUGAGAACCCACACAGGUGAGAAGCCGUACCAAUGCAAGACUUGUGGGAAAAGAUUCUGUCGAACAUUCGCAUUGAAAAGGCAUAUGACAAUCCACACAGGUGAGAGGCCAUAUUUAUGCAAAAUAUGUGGGAAAGAUUUCAGUGCUAGCAGUGUCUUGAAAGUCCAUAUGAGAACGCACACAGGUGAGAAGCCGUAUUCUUGUGAAACAUGUGGGAAAGAUUUCAGUGUUAGCAGUGACUUGAAAGUCCACAUCAGAACCCACACAGGUGAGAAGCCAUAUUCUUGUGAAACAUGUGGAAAACAUUUCAGACACAGAGGUCACUUAACAGACCACUUGAGAACCCACACAGGCGAGAAGCCUUACCUUUGCCAGAUCUGCGGGAAAAGAUUUGGUAAAGCCUCUCAUUUGACAAGGCAUAAAAGAUUGCAUACUGGCAUGUAACCUUGUUUUUGCAAAAUAUUUUGGAUGAUUCAGGUCUAGUGGUUUGGGGGGAAAUCCUGAAAAAACACCAGGGCCCUGUUGUUCAAAAGUGAACUGAUAGGAUUUCGACUAUCAGAUUGAAUCAAAUCCUGAAAAGGGAUUGUUCAAAUGAACAGGAUUCUGAAAUUGGAUCAGAUCACCUAAUCCAAUCUUGGUUUUGAUCUGGAUCAAACCUUCAGGCUCAAAAUUUUUUAGAAGGACUGAGAUACAUUUGAUCCAAAAUAUCUGCAUUAUCCUAUGAUUAUGAUUUUCAGAACUUAAACAUUUGUCAAAUAAUACACAAUUUUGUAUGUAGUAGCCUAUAUAUAAACAUUUAUAUUUUGCACUUGAUUUGUUUAAACUUUACAGUGAUAAAGUAGAUAAAGUAGACAUUACCUAUUAAGCCUUUCACUACAGUAAAAAUGGAUUUUGUCCCCAUAAAAUACUCUAAUGCUUAACAGCUGUCAAUAUGUAUUUAACUGUCACUUACAGCUGUACAUUAAUUACAAUCACACAAUCAUCAGAAGUGAACCAGUCAAAAGUAGUUUCUUAAAAUUGCAUCCCUUAUUCCCAGUCCAGUCAGUCCCAAAAACUGAUUUCUUUACAAAUGAAGAAGAACAUUUUUUACUUUGUUAACUAUAACAUUUAGCUUUUUUAUGAUGUACAACACAUGCUCAAAAUAUCCACAGUGUAUUUGUGAAUAGUGUGUGUUUGUUUUCCUUGGAUUUGUUGUUGGUCAGAUGGGGGGUCUGACUGUUUAAAGAAAUUGAAAAAGGAAGGAAUUGUUAGUGUUGUUUUAUUGUGCGUUUUCUGUCUCUACUAUUCUACCUGUUGUUCUUUAUAUACCCAACAGCCUACUUUGUGAUAUAUAGUCCCAUUUAGAGCACUAGAAAUCCCGAAUUUGGUUAUCUUGAAAAGCUUGUAUCUGGAUCAGGGUGAUCCAAUCAGGUUUUGCUUUGAAAAACUGGCACUAAAGUAAAAUGGAUUAGGUAUGGACUGCAUAUCACAACGUAGGUUGUUAAUGAUAUAAAGACCAACAGGUAGAACAGCCAGUGUGGGAUCACUUUAAUUUGAAGAGACAGAAAAUGCACAAUAAAACAGCACAAACAUUUCCUUCCAUUUUCAAUUUCUUUUAACAGACUCCCCAUCUGACCCACAACAAAUCCAAGAAAAACAAACAAAUAUACAUUAUUCACAGAUACACUGUGGAUAUUUUGAGCAUGUGCUGUCCAGUAGUUAAAAUAAAAUUCAUUCAGAGGUCAGACAGCAGCUUUUAGGAGGCAAUCUCAGAAUGAGGGACUGACUGGACCUGCAAUAAGGGAUGCAAUUGUUACAAACUACUUUUGAACGGUUCAUCUCUGAUGAUUGUGUCUUUGUAAUUAAUUUAAAGUAACAAGUAAAAGUUGGAAUGAAAUACAUUAGUUUUGUUUGAUAUUGACAGCUGUUUGGGGGAUUAUUAAUUUGAUUUUAUUUAUUUUUUACUUUACUGUACUAAAUGGCUUAUAGGUAAUGUCAACUUUAUCUACUGUACCACUCUAAAUUUUAAACAAAUCAAGUGCAAAAUAUAAAUGAAUGUGUAUAUAGGCUCCUACAGGGUAAAAUGUUGUAUUAUUUGGAAAAAUUUUAAAGUUAUAGAGACAUUUUGUUUCUAAAAUCCACCCUGAAUCCACCCUUCUGUUUUUAUGGAUCAAUGAAUCCCUAUUGUACUAAAGAUUUGAACAAUCCGAUAGCUGAAAUCCGUUCAGAUUACUUUUGAACAACUGGACCCUGAGGAUCAAUAUACAGAGGAGAAACCAUCUAGCUGAAACUCCUCUGGAGAUGUGUUCUCUUAUUGAAUUAAAUAAACUGUUGCAAUUGUUACAUCUCUGUAAUCGGAUGUGUACAAUUUCCCACUGUGAAGAGGUCAAAUUAUCUUGGUAUAAAGUUUUCCUUCAUGUGACUUUAUUACCUAUAUUUCUGUUAGCAACAGUAUUUCUUUGGAACAACCGUAAUCUCCCACAUUGACAAAAACAUUUAGUUUCACAGUCAGUGAACAGCAGUGGCUGUUGAAGUAAUGAUGUGAUCUGGACUGUUGCUGGUUUUGCCAAAUAUCUAUUAAUGAAUUAUCUUGAAAUCCUUUUAGUUAAAGUUUGUCAUAGCCAAAUACAUAUAGAUGUAUUGAGCAUUUUUAAUGAUUCAUGUAACCCCUGGACUCGGUGAUUCAUGUAUGAUUUGGUGCUGAACAUGUGAAGUAACAGACAAAUCAUCUCUGUUCUCUGUACUGUUCAGACUUCAGUGAUAACGUGUAAUUGUGAUGAGAUAAUGCCUGACCCUGAGCCAGAUAAAUAACAGGCUCUUCACUCAGUCGGGUGCCCAAGUACUCUGUGUAUGUGUGUCACUGUGAGUCCAUCUGCUGAUGACUGAAUAAAACUAAAGAAAUACAA